CUCUUGUAUGAAACAAGACAUCCAAAGAAGGCUUCCCGUGUAAUUAUUGAGAAAUAUUACAUCAAGGAGACCAAUGACUUCCACACAAACAAGCGAGUGUAUAGGGAGAGAGAGAGAGAGAGAGAGAUUGCUGGAUUUGUUACACAUCUGAUGGAGAGGAUUCUAAAGGGUCCGGUGAGGAAUAUCAGUGAUAACUAUGAACCAGAGAUUUCUGCUCUUGGGCUGGACAUUAUUGAAAUUGAUCUAGACACCAAAGCGAUGUUGAAUGCACUGGACUUUGACAAGCUUCCGCACCUUCAAGUCACCCAGCCCACUCCUGCUUUCGUUGGAGGAAGGCAAACACCAGCUGGUUUGAGGACAUACAUAUCAGGCAUGAAGAAAGUCACGAUUUGA